AUGCCCGUUUCUCCUGUUGGUACGUGACUUUUCUCUUUUCUCCUAACUUUCAGGUUUUCCUUUGUUUCAGAUUCCAAUUUUCGUCCGAAACAACGUCGUAUCGAGCCACUCGUGAUGCGGGAUAACAGUAAUUGGCAGAACGGAGCAAGUCCGUCCGGCUCGCCGAGCACUAACAAUAAGAGUCCGCCCGUGUUCCAGCCGACAGAGAAGAAAAGAGUGCACUGGCGAAAAUGACGGCCGGGAGAAUAACUGUACACUCAUGUAUUUAUUAGCACCUCUGGCAAUUCAAGUAGAGCGCGAUUGUCAGACUUCUGCGGCUGUAAUAUUUAUUUAUUGUUAGCGUGAAUAAAUUAUUUUGAUAACGUGAAAGUGUACGUGGAAAGUGCACUCAAAGAUAGAAAACGGAACAGAAUUAGUAUUCAAUUCAAAGGACCGCCAAAGGAAUCGAGAACUCAGCCAUGAGUUUCGAUGAAAUUGACAAGACUUUCGGAACCAAAAAUCGCGAUCAGGGAUACGAGACGCUGAAGGCGGUGGGUUUGCAGAGAGAAGGGGCCGGCAGGAACACGUGAUUUGCAGCGGAUGGAUAAGGGCGAGAGAUCGGCGGAAGUGCUGUGGCGGAUGGCGCAGUUCUGCCACGAGAGAUCGGCGUGCCUGCCGAAGGCGCAGAGAUUGGCGGCCAUCAACGAUGGACUCAAGUACGCGGAGGAGGGCAGCCAGAAGGACCCGAACAACUUCAAGGUGAUGAAGUGGCUCGCCGUGCUCACGGGACAGUCCACCGAAUACAUGGCGACGAAGCAGAAGCUCGAGUGCAGCAAGAAGUUCAAGGAACUGCUCGACAAGGCCAUCGGCAAGGAGCCCAAGGACACGGCGCUCCUCCAUUUGCGCGGUCGCUUCAAGUUCUCGGUCGCAUCGUUGACAUGGGUCGAGAAAAAGUUGGCCGCCACGUUUUACCAGCAGCCGCCGUCGCACUCGUACGAGGAGGCGAACGAGGACUUCCUCGCCGCCUACAAAAUCAAUCCGAAAUGGAUGGAGAACACCAUCUUCAUCGCCAAAUGCUACGUGGCGCUCAAGGACAAAGUGACCCAAAUCUGUCUCUCCCCUGUAUUGACAUUUUUUCCAGACGAAUGCCCGCAAGUACCUGACUGAGCUCUGUGAGAUCGAGCCCUAUUCGGACGCCGAGCAGGAGUUCCUCGACGACGCCAAACAGAUGCUCAACAAGCUCUAA